AAAAAAAGCCGCUUGCAACUUGCACACCGGGCGUCACCUUGCAACCGCUCGCUCGAGGUGUGUAAGCAGCCGGUGGGAGCCAGCAAAAAGGAAAAAGAACAUUAUUAUAAUUUCCAAAUAAAACGCGACAAGGCAAGCAACUCAAGCGAAGCGACACACCCCCACCAUGGUGCAGCAAGCGGAAAGUCCAGAAGCCGAGAGCAACCUGCCCCGAGAAGCGAUGGAUACGGAGGAAGGCGAGUUCAUGGCUUGCAGCCCGGUGGCGCUGGACGAGAGCGACCCGGACUGGUGCAAAACGGCCUCGGGCCACAUCAAGCGGCCCAUGAACGCCUUCAUGGUGUGGUCCAAGAUCGAGCGGAGAAAAAUCAUGGAGCAGUCGCCCGACAUGCACAACGCCGAGAUCUCCAAGCGCCUGGGCAAGCGGUGGAAAAUGCUGAAGGACAGCGAGAAGAUCCCGUUCAUCCGCGAGGCCGAGCGGCUGCGCCUCAAACACAUGGCCGACUACCCCGAUUACAAGUACCGGCCGAGGAAAAAGCCCAAAAUAGACCCGUCCGCCAAGCCCAGCAGCGCCAACAACCACAGCCCGGAGAAAAACACACCCACCAGCGGCGGCGGCGGCGGAGGAGGCGGCAACCACGGCAGCAGCAGCAGCAGCAAAAGCGCCAAAAGCUCCAGCAAGAAAUGUAGCAAAGGGAAGACGUCGUCGUCGUCCCCGCCGAAGCCCGGGACGAAGCUGGCGGCGCACCCGGGCGACUACGGCGGGGACGAGUACGCCCAGUUCGGCGCGCUGAAAGGGGGCGGCAAGGCGGCCAAGUGCGUCUUCCUGGACGACGAGGACGACGAGGAGGAGGACGACGACGACCUGCAGCUGCGGAUCAAGCAGGAGGACGACGAGGACGACGACGAGGAGGAGGAGAGCCGCCGGCAGCAGCAGCAACAGCAGCAGCUGCGGCGCUACAGCGUGGCCAAAGUGCCGGCCAGCCCCACCUUGAGCUCGUCCGCCGAGUCGAGCGAAGGCGCCAGCCUGUACGACGAAGUGAGGGGCGGCGCUGCGGCGCACGGCGCCAGCGCGGGCCGCCUGUACUACGGCUUCAAGAGCAUGCCCAAGAGCGCCCCGCAGGCCGGCCUGCCGCCGGUUUCCUCCCGCUCGAUCUCCACUUCCUCUUCGUCGUCCUCCUCCUCCAGCAGCGGCAGCAGCAGCGGCGGCGAAGAGGCCGACGACCUGAUGUUCGACCUGAGCUUGAAUUUCUCGCAGCACCCGCACGCCGCCUCCGAGCUGGGCGUCGGCUCGGCCGCCGGGAACCUGUCGCUGUCGCUGGUGGACAAAGAUCUGGAUUCGUUCAGCGAGGGCAGCCUGGGCUCCCACUUCGAGUUCCCCGAUUACUGCACCCCGGAGCUGAGCGAGAUGAUCGCGGGGGACUGGCUGGAGGCGAACUUCUCCGACUUGGUUUUCACCUACUGAGGACGAGGAGGAGAAGAAGGAGAAGCGAUGGGCAGGUGAACAAGCUGAGAGAGCGAUCAAA